AUGUUGAUAUCACCGAGACUGGUCUUGGAAACGCACGCUGUCCCUGCAGCGAUGAGUUAUAGUUACUCGUGGGAAGUCAAGGAGUAUAUGGAUCAAACAAAUGAAAAGAAUCCUAGUGACGAAUAUUUUAAAAGUGACAUAGUUGACAAAGAUCCUUUCGAAUGUCACUUUUCUGAGGACGUUGUCCCUUUCCGGGGUGGGGGGUUAGGGGACCGACAUAGUGACAGGUUAUCCAAGACCAGAAAAGAGCGACUGAGAAUAUCCUCCGUACCAGAAGCUCCCACUAAAAUAGCUCGGGCUCUAUUUCUGUCGGCGAUUCGCGAUCGAGCUAAUCCUAAAACUCACCUUGUAGAUCCAGUUUGA